AUGAAAUCAUGUUUUGAUGAAAAAUAUAAAUAUUGGAACUGGCAUGGGGAAGGUAUCACUGAAGAUGAGGAUCCAAAUGUGCGUGUCGGUACGUCCGGUGGACAACGAAUAGAUGACACAGAAACAAUGUUGAAUGAUAUUUUUCCUCGACCUAGAGAAUUUGAGGGUGAUGAUAAUGUCGAGGAUGAUAUCGGAGAUAAAAGUGAAGAUGAUAUCGAUGUUGAAGCUGAAGAAGUAGGAGAUGAUGGAAGUGCCGAAAAUAUUGAUGAUAUGCAUUCCUCCGCAGAAAUAGAACGAAUAUUGAAGCUACUAGAAGAUAGAUUACAACGGAGACAGAGAAAACAACGUACAAAUUCUUCAAUGAGGGCCAUUAUUAGGUGGAAUAGUUCUAAUUUGCCCGUUGGUCCAUGGUCGACCUGCUUGAAUGCAUAUAUUGGGGUUCUAGUGCGUAGAGCGACCAUUAUCAACCCUUAUUUUCAAUUUCGAGAACUACCAUGGAGCGCAUACGAGGCGAUAUGGACAGAGCUUAUGGACUGCUUCUGCCUUGAGGACUUUGAGGGGGCUUGGAAUUAUGUGUUCAAUGUCAAGGUUGAAGCAGUUCUCAAACAAUGGAGGCAUGAGAUCAAACAUGAAACCUAUGACAGGUAUGAGGAGGACUGGCAGAGGUUUUUAAACCUCGACGCCCGAGUUGACGAGGUUCAUUUCACAGCUCUCCUCAUGUAUUGGGACAGCGAUGCCUCCAAGAAUAAAUCCACGAAGGGGUCAGAAAAUAGAAGAAAGAAGCUGCAUGACCACCACUUGGGCUCACACUCCUAUGCCAAUCUGGAGGAUGUUUAUUGUCAGGAUACGGGAAAAUCAUUAAUGCCAAUACACUUGAGGGCGAAAGCGGCGUAUGGCAUUUUCCGUGAUAGAUAUAGGGGUGAUGAGAAGAAUCGAGAUAAGAUCAAGGCAAAUCUCGAGUUGGUGGAGGGAUUUGAGGCUGCAUCAAAGGAGGCUGCAACUGUGUAUAUGUCGCAGCAGGAGGAACAAUCUGAGCCGGACCCUCACAUGCUUUCUGCAGAGGACAACAUUACUCUCACACAGCAUUUGAUGGGUCAUAAUAGGAGAGGGAGAUAUCCUCUGCAUGGUGUUGGAGCUUCACCCGGCGUAAGCAUGAGGUCAUCCACAGCAUCCUCCACACCAUUUACAUCCAUGAGUAUCCCCGAUUUUCGCUAUCCGAUAAGAAUUUUGGUCGUCCGAUAA